CUCCCUCCUCGCCGGCGGCGCCGCCGAGCCCGAGCCGGGCGCCCCGCCUCCCUCCAUGGCGUUUAUCCGGAAGAAGCCGCGGGAGCAGCAGCUGCAGCUCUACUCCAGGGAAAGAUUUUCCUUGCUCCUGCUUAACUUGGAGGAGUACUACUUUGAACAGCAUACAGCUAACCACAUUCAGCACAAGGGCAAUCGGAAUGAAAGGAAGAUCAGAGGCUCCUUAAAAAUAUGUUCGAAAUCAGUUAUUUUUGAACCAGAUGCCAUAUCCCAGCCCAUCAUUAAGAUUCCUUUGAGAGAUUGUAUAAAAAUAGGAAAGCAUGGAGAAAACGGAGCCAGUAGACACUUUGCAAAGGCAGUACCCGGAGGGAUUUCACUCAUUUUCAGUCAGGUAUAUUUCAUUAAAGAACACAACAUUGUUGCCCCGUAUAAAACAGAGAGGGGUACCAUGGAGUAUGUCUUUGAAUUGGAUGUUUCAGGCAAAGUGGACGAUGUUGUGGAGACAUUGCUUCAGCUUCACAGAGCAUCCUGCCUGGACAAACUGGGGGACCAAACUGCUAUGAUAACAGCUAUCUUGCAGUCACGUUUGGCGAGGACGUCGUUUGACAAAAACAGAUUCCAGAGUGUCUCUGAAACGUUGCAUAUGGAGUGCAAAGCAGAGAUGGUGACACCUCUGGUGACGAAUCCUGGGCACGUGUGCGUCACUGACACCACCCUGUACUUUCAGCCUCUCAAUGGGUACCCGACACCCGUGGUCCAGAUAACCCUCCAGGACGUCCGCCGCAUCUACAAACGGAGGCACGGCCUCAUGCCUUUGGGCUUGGAAGUGUUCUGCACAGAAGAUGACCUGUGUUCCGACAUCUACCUGAAGUUCUACGAACCUCAAGACCGAGACGACCUCUACUUUUAUAUUGCUACGUAUCUAGAGCACCACGUGGCGGAGCGCUCGGCCGAGAGCUACACGCUGCAGUGGCAGCGGGGGCACCUGUCCAACUACCAGUACCUGCUGCACCUCAACAGCCUGGCCGACCGCAGCUGCAACGACCUCUCCCAGUACCCGGUGUUCCCCUGGGUGGUCAGCGACUACAGCAGCCCCGAGCUGGAUUUGUCAAAUCCAGGAACCUUCCGGGACCUCAGUAAGCCAGUAGGGGCCCUCAAUAAGGAACGGCUGGAGAGGCUGCUGGCGCGCUACCAGGAGAUGCCGGAGCCCAAGUUCAUGUACGGCAGCCACUACUCCUCCCCGGGCUACGUGCUGUUCUAUCUUGUGAGGAUCGCGCCAGAGUACAUGCUAUGUCUGCAGAAUGGAAGAUUCGAUAACGCAGAUAGAAUGUUCAACAGUAUCGCAGAAACUUGGAAAAACUGUUUGGAUGGUGCAACCGAUUUUAAAGAGCUGAUUCCGGAGUUCUACGGUGAUGACAUCAGCUUUUUAAUCAAUAGUCUGAAGCUGGAUUUGGGGAAGAGACAAGGAGGGCAGAUGGUUGAUGACGUCAAGCUUCCCCCGUGGGCGCGGAGUCCCGAGGACUUUCUGCGGAAGAGCAGGGAGGCACUGGAGAGCAGCUACGUGUCCGAGCACCUGCACGAGUGGAUCGACCUCGUGUUCGGCUACAAGCAGAAAGGAGGGGACGCAGUUGGAGCCCACAACGUAUUUCAUCCCCUGACCUACGAAGGAGGCGUAGACUUGAACAGCAUGGAGGACCCUGACGAGAAGGUGGCCGUGCUCACCCAGAUCCUGGAGUUCGGACAGACACCCAAACAGCUCUUUGCGACUCCGCAUCCUCGAAGGAUCACCCCUAGGUUUAAAAGUGGGUCCCAGCCCUCGAGUUGUAACGCGUCCACAGCCGAUUCUCCAGAGAGGCGGCGGCUGACUCGGCUGCCGCUGGAUGCAGUCUCUCCAGGUGAAGAGUCUUUUGAAGACCUGACGGAGGAGAGCAGAACGCUGGCCUGGAGCAACAUCACCAAACUGCAGCUGUACGAGCAGCACAGGAUCCACAAAGAGGCAGUCACUGGAAUCGCAGUCUCCUGCAACGGCUCGUCCGUCUUCACAACCUCACAAGACUCCACGCUGAAGAUGUUUUCCAAAGAAUCCAAGAUGCUACAAAGAAGUAUAUCAUUUUCAAAUAUGGCUUUGUCGUCGUGUUUACUUUUACCGGGAGAUGGCACUGUCAUAAGCUCUUCGUGGGACAAUAACGUCUACUUUUAUUCCGUGGCAUUUGGGAGACGCCAGGACACGCUGAUGGGGCAUGACGAUGCUGUUAGUAAAAUCUGUUGGCUCGACAGCAGGCUGUAUUCUGCGUCCUGGGACUCGACUGUGAAGGUGUGGUCCGGGGUCCCUCCCGAGAUGAGUGCAGCCAGGAGACACCAGUUUGACCUGCUGGCCGAGCUGGAGCACGACGUGGGCGUGGACACAAUCAGUUUAAAUGCUGCAGGCACGCUGCUGGUUUCAGGCACCAGAGAAGGCACAGUGACUAUCUGGGACCUCACCACGGCCACCAUGCUGCACCAGAUUCCGUGUCACUCAGGGACCGUAUGUGACACUGCUUUUAGCCCAGAUAGUCGCCACGUCCUCAGCACAGGAGAAGACGGCUGUCUGAACGUCAUCGACGUGCAGACGGGCAUGCUCAUCUCAUCCAUGACUUCGGACGAGCCCCAGAGGUGCUUUAUCUGGGAUGGGAAUUCUGUUUUAUCCGGAAGUCAGUCUGGCGAGCUGCUCGUCUGGGACCUCCUCGGGGGAAGGAGCACUGAUAGAAUUCGGGGCCACGCAGGAGCCGUGACGUGCAUGUGGAUGAACGAGCAGUGCAGCAGCGUCAUCACGGGCGGGGAGGACAGACAGAUCACGUUCUGGAAACUGCAGUAUUAAGUGCCUUUUCCUCAAGUAUUAUUGAACUCGAUUUAAUGUAUUUUUAAACCAAACUUUUAAAUGAACUGGUGAAUGUGCAAUUAUAGUAAUUAGAAGUUUUACCGCAAGAAACAUUUGUGGUUUUAAACUUUCUAAAUUGUGGUGACUUCACUGAAAGCCAUCAGUUGCCAUCCUCAGGCAGACGAGGACGCGGCAGCAUUCAGGGUAAACGUGCAUUUGUAAGGCAGGCGAUGAUGGUCAGAAGAUGGGCUUGGGGGCAGAGGGAACAGCUCAGAGAUGUUAACCCGGCCGGGGCAGCUUCCAAGAGGCACUGAACAAUGUAAGGAUUUUCCAAGGAGAUGUGAGUGCUCUCUGCCCAGUCACUCAUGUCUCCCUAGUCCACACGGCCACUGCCCAGUGUGCUCUGGGGGAUUUGUUUUCAUGGAGUGGUUACUUUCUAUAACCUACUGCCCCCAGAGUCUGAGAGUGUGGGGAAGGGUUAGCAGUUCUUACAACAGUCUUCUGUGCACAGGACAGUUUGCUCCACAGUAGCUGUGAAAUCCUCAUCUUUUCUAUGACAUUAAAAGUAUUUUUCUGUAAUGAAAGUUCCUUUUCUUAUUUAAAUGAUUUAUUACAAAGUACUAGGUAUUUCAAGUAUUGAUCCUUCUAGAAAACCACACGUCAUGUUGUGAAAUGUCAUUCUUACACUUUCGGAACUGUCUUCAGACCCAAGUCCUGGGAGAAGGGAGGUAAACUGAAGCCCUGCUUUUGACUGGCUUUUCCGUAUUCCCGGUAAGGUAAGCUGUGAAGCAACAGCACUGAGGCUCUUUUACAUUCAGCCUCUGAACCACAGAAACUGUGAUUUAAAAUUUUUCUGUGCUCUGCAGACACACUGGUGCAUCUUAGAUGUUAAACAUUAGCAGGCCUGGCUGUCGUCAGGGGGAGUCGGAAGGCCCAGCGUUCAGCCUGGUCGUCUGGCCUCACAGCUGGAGACGCCCCCUCCCGACACGCAGACCCUGUCAAUACAGGGGGCUUUCCUCAGGCUCCGGGCGGGCGGCUACCCUAGGCCUAAUGUUCCCAAAGGUGCAAUAAUAGACAGACUAAAAUUGAAAUUUAUACAUUUUUAAUUAAAAUAGAAUAGGCAUAAACCAAAAAGAAGGGGAAAAAUCAGGAUACAGUGUCACUGUCAUUCUGUUUGCAGGGAGGAGUCAGGAAAUGGAACAAAUUACCAGGAAAACACUCUUAAGACCAGCCCAAAGCAGCUCGGUCACAGAUUACAUGGAACUGCAACAAUCAGGUACUAUCCCACUUAAUCUACUAAUGAAAAAAGGAAAUCAAAGUUUGUCCAUAUAGUACAAGACUUUUUACAUUAAAUACAUGGUGAUUCAUUUCUCAGAAAGUGAUAGCAGUAACUCUUAGAAGGAAGAAGUGUGCAUUACACAACGGCUAGGAAGUCCCCGGUGCGCUGCGCGGGGCACGUGUGCAUCUCAGUGGAACGCAGAGCUGCACGUGGGCUUCAGAAAGGCAGCAAUAGUUACAUUUUGGCUUUUAUUCUAAAUGCUUAACGUAGUUAAGGCGACAGUUCAAGCAUAUUAAGUGAAGGUAGUUAAAAUUUAAUGAUAAUCAACACACUCUCUUGCAAGCUUACAAACACUGUAUAAUGCUGACCUGGAAUGAAACCAGUGAUUCUUAACUGGUGUUUUACACACACAACUAAAAGAAAAAAAAAAAGGUAAUCAUUUUAAA